UCAGACAAAAGACAAACAGUCCGCUUGUGAUUGAAAUCUAGUAAAAAAGGGCCGGGCUCUUCUGCUACUAGCUGGUGGUUGAUCGAUGUGUCGCUUCUGUUAAUAAGUGGUUUUCCCGACCGCCACACGCUGUCUUGUGGUGGUGCAAUAAUUAAAGGGUCAAGUGUACGGAGGCACAUCGCGAUAGCCAGCUAACAUAAGGAUGUCUCAUUACACAGACGAGCCUCGCUUCACCAUCGAGCAGAUCGACUUGCUCCAGAGGCUGCGGCGUACGGGCAUGACCAAGCAAGAGAUCCUCCACGCCCUGGACACCCUAGACCGGCUGGACCGCGAGCACGGGGACAAGUUCGGUCGUCGCACCUCCUCCUCCUCCUACGGAGGAGGAGCAAAUAGCUCUGUGUCCGACCCCAAUAGCACCACCACAAACAACAACAACAACAACAAUACUGCCUCUGUUUCUGCCGCCACCACCUCCUCAACAACAUCCUCUUCCUGUAGCAGUAAUCAUAAUAAUGGUGGAAGCAGUAAUGUUAACAUGGCCCUGGCCUCAUCCUCCACCAACUCUACCGCCACACAGACACAGUACCUCCCUCCACGUGGGGGGCUCUCCCCGUCGCCUAGCAACGGCUACGACACCUCCCCACCACCCGGCCCGCCCCCGCCCUCUGCCAUCCUCUCGUCCCCGGUGUCGCUGGUCGCCAUGGUGCAGAACGGGGGGCGGGACAGCCUGGCGGCAACGCCCAAUGGGAAGCUCUCGCCGCCUCGGUACCCAAUGAAUAGCGCUGCUGCCGUCAGGCCGUUCGGGUUCGAGGCCACGGAGGAGGAGCUGGACAUUGAUGACAAGGUGGAGGAGCUCAUGAGGAGGGACGGCAGUAUCGUCAAGGAGGAGAUCAAGUCCUUUCUGGGAAACAGGAGAAUCUCUCAGGCUGUGGUGGCUCAGGUCACAGGUAUCAGUCAGAGCAGGAUCUCUCAUUGGUUGCUCCAGCACGGCUCUGACCUUAGCGAACAGAAGAAGAGAGCUUUCUACCGCUGGUACCAGCUAGAGAAAACUACCCCAGGUGCCACUCUAAACAUGUGCCCUGCCCCCAUGGCUCUGGAGGAGAUGGAGUGGAGACAGACCCCACCCCCUAUAAGCACCGCCCCCGGGAGCUUCCGGCUUCGGCGUGGGAGUCGCUUUACCUGGAGGAAGGAAUGUCUGGCUGUGAUGGAGAGCUACUUCAAUGACAACCAGUACCCCGACGAAGCCAAGAGAGAGGAGAUCGCCAACGCCUGCAACGCGGUUAUCCAGAAACCAGGGAAGAAGCUGUCGGACCUGGAGAGAGUCACAUCCCUCAAAGUCUACAACUGGUUUGCCAACCGACGCAAGGAGAUCAAGAGACGGGCUAAUAUUGAAGCCACGAUCUUGGAGAGCCAUGGGAUAGACGUUCAGAGUCCUGGAGGACAUUCCAACAGCGACGACAUCGAUGGAGGGGACUACACAGAACAGGCCUGUGACCUGCCCUACUUCGACAAGAGACCCAUGGCCAGACCCUUUGGCUUCUACAGGCUGGAGCCCACUUCACCCACACAGGAUGAUGGUCCAGGCCAUGGAGACCACCAGGACCCCAUCUCUCUGGCCGUUGAGAUGGCAGCAGUCAACCACACCAUCCUGGCUCUUUCCCGGACCGGAGGGGUGCCCAGCGACAUCAAGACAGAGGCCCUGGAUGAUGACUGAAUGAGGAGAGGGGGUUACUGGAUGGAUGACAAUGAGGGGAGGGGGU